AUGACACGGACGGCGAGUCGCGGAAUCCCGGACAGCCUGCAGCGGUUUUCCUCGCUGCCCGCGUACCUCCCCGCCAGCUUCCACAUCGCGGGUGCGGACCAGUCCUUCUUCCUGAAGGAGGCCAACCAGGACGUCACGAGGAACUCCAGCCUGCAGGCCCGCGUGGAGCCCUUCUUCGUGUACCGGGCCCGCUCGGCCCCGGCCGUCAACGCCAGCUACGGCCCGUUCUCGGCCGCGGAGACCGUCCCGCGGGAGCUGCUGCUGCCCUCGGCCGCCUUCGCCGGCGCGGGCGGGUUUCCCUUCAACUGGAAGCUGAAGUCCCACAUCCUCAACAGCGCCAUCUACUCCAACAGGCCCAAGGUGCAGACGCUGUUCUACGUCUCCGGCAUGGACUGGCAGGACCGCGGCCCCGCCGAGGACCUGCCCUGCGUCAAGAUGUUCGCCUUCCCGGAGGCCCGGGAGGUGGCGGCCAGCUGUCGCCUGCGAGGGGACCCGGGGCUGUGCGUGGCCGAGCUGGAGCUGCUGCCCGAGUGGUUCAGCUCGGGGCUGGACCUGGAGCCGGAGGAGGAGAUCCCGGCCCUGCUGGGGGGCACCGCCAUGGAGCUGUUCUUCACGCUGUACCCGGCGGGCCCGGCCGGCCAGUGUCCCCUGGAGGAGGACAGCAAGUGGGCCAACAACAUCCACUCGGGCCCGGAGGGGCCCCUGCCGGCGGCCCCCGCCCGCGAGCGCAUAGGCAGCGUGGUGGUCUACCCGACGCAGGACGACCUCCGGUGGUCCCUGCUGAGCCUGGACAAGAACGUCGUCAUCUCCGUGCCGCUGAACCUCAUCCGCGAAGGGCGCACGGCCACCUUCGUGGUGUCCCUGGCCAGCGGCUCCGUGGCCGACCACUUCGCCCUCAGAAUCAAGGCAGCCGCCGGGGUGAAAAUCGUGGCGGUGAGGGUCAGCAGCGGAGAGCAGUGGGCCGUGCAGGAGGACGUGGACAACGGCGGCGUGCAGACCACCGCCACCCUCACCUGUGUGGGCCGCCACCUGGACACGCAGGGCAGACUGAAUGGCUCCUUCUCCGAGAUCUUGCAAGUGGACUUCGGAGUGGACAACAGCAGCGACGUGGCCGGGGCCCAGCCAAUCACGUGGCAAGUGGAGUACCCGGCGGAGGACUCCAUGAGCGAGCUGGUGGUCUCCGAGAUCUUCGUCAGCCAGACCAGCUUCGUGGGCAUCGUGCCUCUGGCGAUGGACACGGAGGUCCUGAACACGGCCAUUCUCACGGGGAAGGCCGUGUCGGUCCCCGUCAAGGUCGUGGCCAUUCAAGAGGAUGGUUCCGUGGUGGACGUGUCCGAGUCCGUGGAGUGCAGGUCUGCGGAUGAAGACGUCAUUAAGGUUUCCAGCCGCUGCGACGCCAUGUUUGUGAACGGCAAGGAGAUGAGGGGCCGCGUGGGCACGGCCGUGAGCUUCACCCACCAGCACUUUGCAGCUCAGCUGGAGGUCACCGUCUGGGCGCCCCGGCUGCCCCUGCAGAUCGAGAUCUCGGACACGGAGCUGAGCCAGAUCAAAGGAUGGAGGAUCCCCGUGGCCCCCAACAGAAGGCCCACCCGGGAAAGCGACGACGAGGAGGACGAGGAGAAGAAGGGGCGGGGGUGCUCCCUGCAGUACCAGCACGCCACGGUGCGCGUCCUCACCCAGUUUGUGGCCGAGGCGCCCGACGCGGGGCAGCUGCGCUGCAUGCUGGGUCCCGACUGGCAGUUCGACGUCACUCACCUCGUGGUGGGCUCCAUGAAGGUGGAGGAGCCACGGAUAGUGCAGCUCCAGGACGGCAGGACCCUGGUGGGCCGGGAGCCGGGCUUCACCACUGUGCAGGUCCUCUCGCCUCUGUCGGACUCCAUCCUGGCUGAGAAGACGGUGACCGUCCUGGAGGACCGCGUCACCAUCGCAGACCUGGGGGUGCAGCUGGUGGCGGGCUUGUCUCUCUCCCUGCAGCCGCACCGGGCGGACCGAAGGGCCAUCGUGUCCACAGUGACUGCCCUGGACGUCCUCCAGGCCCCUCAGCAGGAAGCGAUCGUCAGCUCCUGGAUCCUGUUCAGCGACGGCUCGGUGACGCCCUUGGACAUUUACGACCCCAAGGAUUUCUCCGUUUCGGUCUCCUCGCUGGACGAGAUGGUGGCGUCCGUCCGGGCAAACCUGCAGCCCCAGUGGCCGGUGGUGGCCGCGGAGGGGACCGGGCAGGGGCCGCUGGUCAAGCUGGAGAUGGUGAUCAGUGAGCUCUGCCAGAAGACCAAGCGGAAGAGCGUUCUCGCCACGGGCAAGGGCACCGUCAAGGUCAGAUUCGACCCGGACCUCGACAAGCAGCGAGGAGGCAGCAAUGACAUCGGGGCCGUGACCCGGGAGUACAAGGACCACCUGAGCAAUUCCAUCGAGCGGGAAGGCGCCCACGAGCGGGCGGUCCAGGGGUGGCCGCCGCACAGCACCCCCGUGGGCCAGGAGCACGGCCCCAACGGGAGCACCACCCCGCAGCCCCCCAUGGGAAGGAAGGACCAGAAGCUCCUCAAGGGCCGCCGUCCGGACGCCGUCACGAGCGUCCCUGCUCCAGGGGAGUCACCGGGACCCCACCCUCCCAGUGACCUCACAGUCACCUCCCGGGGGCUCACCGACCUGGAGAUCGGCAUGUACGCCCUGCUGUGCGUCUUCUGCCUGGCCAUCCUGGUCUUCCUGGUCAACUGCGUGGCCUUCGCGUGGAAAUACAGGCACAAGCGGUUCGCCGUGAGCGAGCAGGGCAACAUCCCGCACUCGCACGACUGGGUCUGGCUGGGCAACGAGGUGGAGCUGCUGGAGAGCCCCAUGGACUUCGCGCUGCCGGCCGAGGGCUGCGCCGCGGCCGAGCGCGGCCUGUCGCUGGAGGAGCGGCACUACCUCCUCAACGGCGGCUCGCAGAAGGCCUUCCAGGGCCAGCUGCUCCGGCCGCCCGACUACGUCUACGAGAAGGAGCGGAAGCCCGAGCCCGGCACGCCCUCCGGCCCCAAGAGGAAGAGGGUCAAGUUCACGUCCUACACCACCAUCCUGCCCGAGGACGGCGGCCCCUACACCAACUCCAUCCUGUUCGACGGCGAGGACAGCAUCGAGUGGGUCUGCCGGGACAUGGGGCUGGGGGACCCCCAGGACUUCAGAGACUACGUGGGGCGGCUGCAGGACCAGAUGUAA